CGGCUAGGAUCAACUCGCUCUUGGCAGAUCGCGGAAAGGCUCUUGUGUCGCGGUCGGUUGCCUAUGGCUGUCAGUUGUCGUUUCACUUUCGUUCGGUUCGGCGGUGGGCUCUCAAUCCCAUCUUUGGCUUAGUUGGUGGUUGACGUCUAGAUUCCAAGUGCGUUGCGAUUCUUAGAACACAGAACAUCUAAGGAACCCCGGCAGGACAACUGGAAGGACUCUAAGGACAUUGGUCGAUAGGAUGGGCAGACUCAGUAGUAGCUGAAAGUUAACAGUCGAGUGAAAUCAAACUGAUGUGCAAGCAAAUGAAUUCAAUCAAUCAAAAGUGCCGUGAGUGUGAAUAGGCCUAAUUAGAGCCCGAUUAAGAUAAAUCGAAGAUCAAUCGAUCGCGGCCCAAGCGGCCCGAUUGGAUUUCCUCAGAAGCUGACAGCAGUUUUCCACCGUCACUCAUAAUCAAAAGUGCACGCGUUUUGAUCGUGAAGUGAUUUUGCAACGCGAAGUAAACCGACCGACCAACCUCCAAAACUAGGCUAAAUUAGUGCUGACGAAGACGACAACAACGGUGUGGUGUAAGUUUUAAAAUUUAUAAACCAAACCGUUCAAAAAGCGGACAAUAACGCGACUCUGUGGUACCGCUGCUGUUCGUCGCUGGAAUUCUGCCCCAUCAUCAGAAUGAGCGUCGCGGGAAACUUCACGGACUUCUCCUCCGGAUCCCGGUUUGUGUUCCAAAUGGCGGUGGAGGAGUACCACACCGGGCGGAACUGGUCCGGUCUGGUCGAUCGGUACUGGCUGAUCGUGGAGGAGCUGAUUGCAGAUCCUCGUGCCAAAAGUCUCCCCUUCAUGGAUAACCCGCUGCCCACGCUGGGAAUGAUGAUCUCCUACCUGAUAUUCGUGCUCUGGCUCGGCCCACUGUACAUGCGAGACCGGAAACCGAUGGACCUGCGGCGAAUCAUCAUCUACUACAACAUGUUCCAGGUGCUACUCAGCGGUUACAUGUUCUACGAGCACCUGAUGGCGGGAUGGCUACAGGGGUACAGUUUCACGUGCCAAACGGUUGACUACAACGAUGGACCACUGUCGAGGCGGAUGUUCAACCUGUGCUACGUGUACUACCUCUCGAAGCUCUCCGAGUUCGCCGACACGAUAUUUUUCGUGCUCCGGAAGAAGCAGUCCCAGAUCACCGAUUUGCACGUGUACCACCACUCGCUGACACCGAUGGAAGCGUGGAUUCUGACCAAGUUCAUUGCCGGUGGCAACGCGACCUUCCCGAACGUCAUCAACAAUUUCGUGCACGUGCUAAUGUACUUCUACUAUAUGCUGUCGGCGAUGGGACCCCGCUAUCAGAAGUACCUUUGGUGGAAGAAGUACAUGACAGAGGUUCAGAUCAUCCAGUUCAUUCUCUGCAUCGCCCAUUGUAUCAACGCCCUGGUAACGGGCUGCCCGUUCCCACGGUUUAUCUCCACGCUGCUGCUCAUCAAUGCCAGCAUCUUCCUGGUGCUGUUCAUGAACUUUUACAUCCUGAGCUACAAACACAAAUCUGCCAAAGUCAAACCCAUCGAACAAUCCAAAGUUCAGGAAAUCACCGAGACCGAACUACAUUCUAACGAAGAAACGACAAUCACAAACCCAAAAGAAAUCAACAACAACUCCAUCGUAUCGGUGGAGACGCUGCAGGCUAAGCCCAGCAAACCACUACCUCCUGUUGCUGCUCAGAAUACCGUUGAUAGCAGCGAAGUCACGGAGCAGAGCUCCCUCGAGGCGCCCACCGAGACGAGUUGCGUUGACUCAACGACAGACGAAAUCAGUCUUCAGACCGAACUGCCUAAGGAUGUGAUAGCAUCGGCGGAGGGACUCCGCCAGCGGAUAGCCACGCUCGAACAGCUUCAACUUGUGCCAGAGUCUCCGAGUCGGGUCGAGGAGCUGGCGGAUUAGUCGGUCCGCCCCAAAGACCUAGGCUUAAUAACAAUAUCGGUUUAGCUUUCGAUUUGCAGUAGGUUCAAUCGCGUCAUGACAGGAGGUGGCCCGCCCGACCGAAUCCUCCGAUUCGGAGUCUUCCACAAACCGAACCAUUUCAUCCAUGUAGGUCAUAAUGUUUCUAGUCUGUAGAAAUUUCGUUCAUCAACCCGUAUCGAGUAGGAAAUAUAGCGUACUUAACAAGUGUACUUGAACUGCAUUGCAUUAAUAGAGCUUCCUAAGGCUACCAAACCCAACUGAAUUUUGCUCAAGUUUCCCGCUCCCAUCCAUUUGCAUUACAUAGAAGCUUCAGAAAAAAAAAAUGAAAGAGCGAUGUGCAUCAAAAUAGAGUAACUGAACUGACCAGCGUGACCAAAAGUGAAGAAGACGAAGACGAACAAACAAAUCGUUAUCUGAGGACAAUUUCCGACGCUGGAAAAUGCUCCCACCAGACGGAUGGUUGUGCAUUGCGUUGAAUAAGCUCAAGCAAUAAGAAUAUAAUCUUACCAUAGGAAUACGUAAUUGCGUGCUUAAGGCGAACGUUUCGGAUUGUAUAUGUUGUUUGUUUGAGUGGAGCGGUUGUAAUGUAAAUUUGUAGAAUUUAUUCGUAGCUGAGAGUUAUGGACAAAUGUAUGCCAGAAAGCAAUGAUUGUAGAUAAGCAGGAGUUACAGUCUCGGGAAGCCUUCGUAGUGAGAAUUUUUCUAAUUGUAGAAAUAGAAAAAAAGCAAUCCAACGAAAAAAUGAAAUAAAGUGUAUUGAAAAACUGAA